AUGCGGGUAAGUCGGUGUGCGAAACGAUGCGUGCUCUAUGUGUUGUGGAUUCUAUUGGUGCUCCUCAGCGUCAUCUUCGCUCAACCAGCACAGCUGAAGAGGUUUGGAGGAGUUCACAAUAGAGUGAAACGUCAUCAUCAUCAUCACUAUGGAUGGGGCGGUCCAUUCGGCAUGGGUGGAUACGGCGGAUUCGGUAUGGGUCCAUUUGGAUGGGGUCGCUAA